UGAAAUUUUGAGGAAAAUUUUGUUAGAAAAUAGUGAAUAAAUCUUAACUAAAGUGCGAUUAGUGAUUAAACGAGUACACAUCUCGUACGUAACAAACUAAAGAGCACCAAUUUCGAGCCUGGUUGGUUGAGUUUCGGAUCGACGUCAAAUCUGCACAACCGCGAGAAGGAAGUGGAAAAAAAUGGAACCCACUUCAAAGGACCAAUCCACGGCUGCGACGACGACGACGACGACGCUGGCGGACACUUCGACCAGCGACGAGGAACGGUUCGAGGACGCGAACGAGAAGGCCGUGGACGAGGUCAUCGAGCAGGUCACCGGCCUCAGCAUGGGCACAUCGCCAAAGACCAACACUUCGUCGUCGUCGGAACAGACGGACAAAUUCGUCGACUGCCGCUCGGAUCCCGGCUCGGACGAGGAGACUUUAACGGGGAAGGGUUCGGCGGCGGAGGAGAGUUCGUCCGGGGAACGCGAGGACGACUACAUCGACGACGAAUCGCAGCGGGACUUUGAGAAGAGUUUGUCGGAGGAGGAACGGCUGGCCAACAAGGCCAAGGCAGAGGAGCUGAAGGCUGAGGGCAACGAGUUGUUUAAGCAGGGCGAGUACCAGAAGUCGGCCGACAUGUACACGGCCGCGCUCCGGAUCUGCCCGGUGGAUUUCAGCGCCGAACGGUCAAUUCUGUACGCGAACCGGGCGGCGGCCAAAACUAAACUCAACUUCAAACCGUCGGCCAUCGACGACUGCACCAAAGCGAUAGAGCACAACCCCAAGUACCUGAAGGCACUGCUGAGUAUUAUCGAAUCCACUUCCAGACGGGCCACCCUGUACGAGGAGGCGGACAAGCUGGACGAGAGUCUCGAGGACUUCAAGCAGAUCCUGGAGCUGGACCCGGACAACGCGGAGGCGCGGGCCGCCCAGGCCCGGCUUCCGCCCAAGAUCCAGGAGCGCAACGAGCGCAUGAAGGAGGAGAUGAUGGGCAAGCUGAAGGACCUCGGCAACAUGAUCCUGCGGCCGUUCGGGCUGUCCACGCAGAACUUUGAGAUGAAGCAGGACCCCUCGACCGGGUCGUACUCAAUUAACUUUAAGAGCGGUGGCGCCGGUGGCGGAAAAUAGUCCUGCGAGGCGGCAAACGGCGCGCGCUGCUGCUGAGAGAUGCUUUCUUCUGUGAUGGGAGGGAGGGACACGCGAGCAAUUGGGCUUAGAUAUGAAUGAAUGAGAUUAUGUGUGUGAACGUGUGAGAGUUAUCGAGGAACAUAAAAAUGUGAGUGUUUGACGACGAAACGAAAUAAUAAUAAAGAAUCAAUCAAGCGAACGUACGAAACCGGUAA